AUGUUUGGUACGAAAGCCUUGCUUAUGCCAGCCGUCAUCAUUGACAAUGGAUCCGGAUCGUGUAAAGCCGGGAUCACAGGUGAACUGGAGCCACGGUCGACCGUCAUGUCGGUUGUUGGCCACCCGAAAGAGAAAACAGAGGAGUGCUACACAGGGUGGAAAGCCCUCUCCAAGAAAGGCAGCUUGGUUCUGAACUAUCCUGUCAAUCGCGGCACCAUUACUCAUUGGGAUGACAUGGAGAACCUAUGGAGGCACAUCUACAAGGACAAGCUGAAAGUAAAAGCCAGCGAGAGGCCCGUGCUUCUUUCGGAACCACCCCUGAAUCCUCUUAGGAAACGGGAAAUAAUGACAGAGUUGAUGUUCGAACACUUCAACGUGCCGGCUUUGUACCUGGCCAUCCAAGCCACGUUGGCUCUUUACGCAUCAGCACGCACCACCGGGCUGGUGAUGGACACUGGAGACGGGGUAACCCAUGCCGUCCCCAUCUACGACGGCUACUGCUUGCCUCAUGGGGUGUCCAGACUCGACGUUGCGGGAAGGGACAUUACCAAAUACCUCACCCAUCUCCUUUUGGACAACAGCCACUUGUCCGUGAGCAGGGCCAAGGAAACCACGGUGAAGGAUAUCAAGGAGAAGUUCUGCUACGUAGCUCUGGAUCCCAAGCAAAAAGCAGAGAAGAAGACGGAGGGGGUCCUGAAGCUGCCGGACGGAAACUCCAUCAAAAUCAACCUCCCCCUCUGCAGGGCCCCCGAAAUCCUAUUUGCGCCAAAGACCGUUGGCGUCGAUGCGCCGGGUCUUCACACCAUGAUCACCAACAGCAUCCGGACGUGUGACAAGGAUAUUUGCGGCCACCUCUAUGGGAACUUGGUCCUCUCAGGGGGGUCUUCUCUUUUUCAGGGGAUGGCCGAGAGGAUUUUUAAAGAGAUAGAGUCUGAAGUUCCAAACAGAGUCCCGGUCCGAAUCAUUGCGCCCCCAGAGAGAGCGUGCGCUUCCUGGCUAGGAGGUUCUAUAAUAACUUCCUUAGUCUCCUUCGUACCGAUGUGGAUUACCCCAGAGGACUACAAAGAGUUUGGUGCUGCUGCAGUCCAUCGCAAAUGCUUUUGA